AGGUGUUCUCUUACUGAGUCUCGGAAGUGUUGGGGUUUCUAUGGGAAGGGUCAAAGAUGGAAGGGUUUUAUUUGGGCGGAUCUGCUAAGCAUCUCUCUAAUUGGUUUCGGGAUGGGAAGAUCUUGGAAGCUUGGCAUGUGAUUGGAUCUUGGAGAAUUUUGAUUUGGUUCAUGGAUUGCAAAGUCAGGAGGGAAAAAGAUUGAGGUGGCGGUUCCUAGGUUCGACAAUUCGGAACUCAUUGCGUCUUAUUCCAAAACUCUCAUAGGGCGGUGCAUGAAUCCUCAGAAACAAGACAUGAAGAUUCUCCUUUUCAUGAUUCUGAGAAUUUGGAAUGUAGAAGGACGUGUGGUCGGUGCUGAUUUCGGUCUGGGAUAGUUCCAGUUUAGCUCUGACGUGGAGGAAGAUAUUGUGGAGGUCCUCAAGAUGGAGCCCUUCCAUUUUGACUAUUGGAUGUUGUCUCUGGUUAGGUGGAAGCUGGUGCUCGAACCGAACUACCCAUCAAAGAUUACAUUAUGGGUCCGUGUGCUGGACAUUCCGCUCCAGUUCAGAGCGGCUCCGAUCUUCCAGAGCGUGGUUGAUGCUAUUGGUCAGGUUCAGGGUCCGGUGGAUCUCGUUCAUUGAUGGCUUUAAGCGGUUGGUUUUCUCUGUGGCUAUUGAGCCCGAGGAACGUGUGGAGAUUCUGGUGGCGCUACGAUAUGAGAAGCUUUACGGUUUUUGUAAGGAAUGCUUCAGCUUGACUCAUGAUCAGUCUCGUUGCCCGAGACUCUUUCAAGAAGAAACUGUAAGCUCCACGAGAAGGGAACCAGUAACUGAUGGAACGGAGGGAGCUAACGCCACAAGCUAUAAAGCGGUUGUGGCUAAUGGCACCAGGCAGAGGGAUGAACGUGGAUCUGGACAACAAUCACGUUAUCAAGGGUUCAGAGGUGGGGAUAAAGGCCAAGGUAUCGCUAGAGAUAAUCAAGGGCCAUUUCGCCAGGAAGAUUCUUAUCAUCCUUAUGGAGGCAAGUUCUCAAGGGGCUAUGGUGAGGGAUCCACUUUCCAAGGAAGACAUACGGGAUAUGGUGGCCGCAGGCCUGGUGUGCAGUCUAGGGGCUUCCAAUAACCCCCGGAAUGGUGAAGGUGACCAGCUGAGAGACUCAACGAAGCUUAUGCUUGAUGCUUUUAAAAGUGUCCCUAAGUCGCCUGCUGGGGAUGGUUCUGUGUUACCAGUAGAAGGAACUGGGACGUCUUCCAAGACUCGCAAAGCUUUGUUGUUCGAGGACUCAGGUCCAGAUGGCCCAGCUGCUGCUCAAGUAAAUGGGAUCGAUAUGAAAGAGGAAUCGAAGGUUGCGGGGGAGAGCGCUGACAGUGGAGAGGUUUUGGGGUUGUCUGAUGAGAACUUGCAUUCUCAGGCUUUGCAUGAGGCUAACUUGAUGAUAGAAGGUGUGUUACUAUCAGAUUCUGAGCUCCUGGUGGAGGAGGAUGAGAACAUAGAGGAAUGGGAACAGGGUGAGAUCACAGACUUCAUGGAGGAAGAAGAGCUAGCUGCUGGAGUUCAAGAAUUGGGUGAUAAUAUUGAUAUGGCGGUCAUUCAAGAAGGCGCAGAGGCUCAGGUGGAUGUGGAGGCUCAGGUGGAUGUGGAGGCUCAGAUGAAUGAUGAGGAUGAGGAAGCGGCUAAGAAGAAAGAAGCAAAGAGCGGGGUAGCUGCGAAGGGAAGUCAGUCCAAGAAGCGUGUAGCACAGCCCUUCGUCUCUCCACGUAAGAAGUUACUGUCCAAGGCGGCAUCUAAGGUGCGCGAUAAAGGUUUCCAGAAACCUCCCCUUAAGCCGAAGAAGUCAGCAGAGUAAGGUUCUGGUUUUGAGUGUUUUUAUUUUGAGUUUCCUGGUUUGAAUAAUGUUGGAUUCAUCUAUGAAAUCCUUUAGAAUCGAGUCUGGUCCUAGUUGUUUGGUCUUUUUAACCGCAUGUCUGGAAGAUAUUCAUCAGGUGUGGUAUGUUUCUGAUAAUUUCUUGUUGGUGUUUAAGUGGUCAGUAAGGUUUAAUAAUAAUUGGCUUUGUUUUGGUAUAAGUACGGUGCUCUAUUGGUGUCAGUUUAUGACUAUAUGCUGUUUUUUUCACAUUACUUUGGGUUCCACUACUGUCGGAAUAUGCAA